UACAUUCUUCACUAAAGUUGUUUAUUUUUAGAAAUUUUGUGAAUGCAAUGAUUUUGUGGCGUGAAAAUGUACUACGGUAAAGUGCAGUGUAAAAUUGGCUUUACGUGAAUGACUGUUACCUGAAGAUGCUACUUUAUGAUAUUAUGCUUUGGUUUUAUGUGUAAGAAACAUUUCUUAAUUUGAAUGGAUGGUGUGCUACGUCCUCGUUCUUCUUGUCUCUAUGUUAGAGCAUUCAAGUUGUGUGAGCGUAAAAAGGUUGCACGUCAGGAAAGAGUAGCUGUUGAUGGUGAUCUAGUAAGCUAUGUUCCUGAUGAAUUUGGACAUGUGGGUAUGUACAUUGGCGCUGAGCCAUUGAAACCAGAUAGUAAUUAUUUUGAAAUUGAAAUCAUAGACAGUGGUGAUACAGGUAGUAUAUACAUUGGACUUGUUUCAUCAAAACAUCCUUUAGAUCAGUACCCUGGCUGGGUACCUGAUUCCAUAGGCUUUCAUACUGGGGAUGGAAUGUUGUACAGAGACGCACCCAAAGGUGUGAUAUUUGGUCCUAAGUGUGAGGCUGGAGAUCGCAUAGGAUGUGGUAUUAAAUUUGAAAACAUAUCUUCUCAAGAUAAUCAGCGGCACUUUAUUCUAGUCUUUUUCACAAAAAAUGGCAAAGAGAUUGGUUCAACAGUCUAUUCAAUGCCUUUUGGAGGACUUUAUCCUGCAGUUAGUCUUCAUUCUGUUGGAGAAGAGGUUCGUUUAGGGUUAGAUAUUAAAUGGUUGCCUGAAGAAGACAUGUUAAUGUGUAUUGAUAGUAAUGAAGAGGAAUGGUCCAGACUUCAUGAUAUUAAAUUAAAUGGAGCGAUAUUGGAAUAUGCAGGUCGUGGGAAAAGUAUUAUAGAUGUGGGAUUAGCUCAAGCCAAAUAUCCUCUAGACACAACUCAUCAUUAUUUUGAAAUAGAAAUAAUGGAUCCAGGUGAAAACUGCUAUAUUGCCAUAGGAUUAGCGAGAAAAGAUUAUCCAAAAUAUAGGCAUCCUGGAUGGAAUAAAGGAUCAAUAGCUUAUCAUGCUGAUGAUGGUAAAAUAUUUGUGGGUAGUGGUGUAGGUGAUCCAUUUGGACCUCGUUGUCAUAAGGGUGAUAUAAUGGGCUGUGGAAUUAUCUUUCCCAGAGAUUUUGUAUGUCUGUUUGAUUGUGAUGCUCCUUGUGAAAAUGCUCCAUCUCUAAGUCUGGAUUAUGAUGAUGAUUUUUCGGGAUAUCUGAGUGAAUCGGAAGACGAAGAAUGGUGGAAAGAAAAAGAAAAUGUCGAGACUGGUGUAACAAUACAGGUAUUUUUUACUCGCAAUGGGAAAACCAUUGGUCAGAAAGAAGUAUGCAUUCCUAAAGGAGGCUUUUAUCCAACAGUUGGUAUGCUAAGCAGUGAUGAAAAAGUGAAAGUUGAUCUGCAUCCAUUGACUGGUUAAAUACCGUUCCUCUUUUUUACAUUAUUUCUUAUUUUAAUAAGAUAUAAUGUGCUCGUUAGUCACAUAUAUUGUUGGUGCUUUUUUUUUUUUUUAAAGUGGAAUUAAAAAUGAACUCUGAGAAAUAUUCAUCGAAGGAUAUUUUUGCCAGUACUUAUUUUGUAUGCUUUUUAUAUACAGCAAUGAUGUAAAUAAGAUGCUCCUAGGUUAAAUUUUUUAUUAACUCAGGGUAGUAAUUUUAGUUGCUAAUUUAAUUUUAAAAAUUUCUAUAUUUUCUUCAUAAAUUAACCUAUUGUUAAUGUUCUUCACUGUUACUCUAUUAGCUCUGAUGCUUAUAGUGUCUCAUUCUUUCCAACUGCCCAAAGUUAAGCAAAAAUUUAAUCAGUCAUACUUUAUUUUAAACAAGACUGUUUUUAAUGUUGUGUGCUAAGCAUUAAUGGAAAUAUAUUUUUUAUGCAGAUUUGUAAAAUGUUCAGAGUGAAGGGGAAUCUCAGUUGUGAAUUAUUAUUUAAAAUGCUUAAAUUUAUAUAACUCUGAAUAUACAUGUGCAUAGUGUAUAUAUAUAUAUAUAUAAGUAAAACUAAUCAUCUUAUAAUGUUUAGCUGAGUGGAAAUUAUUAAAAUUUACUUUACAAUGCAUUAAAAUUUAUAUAAAUUAACAAAAUUUUUCUGUUCAUAAAAUAAUGUAAAUAUAGCACAAACUAUUUAAAAUAAUUUUACAACUAGAAUAAAUAAACUAAUUCUGUGUUAUAGCUCUGUUUAUUAGAAUAAUGCCAAUUUUGAAUUUUAUUGAAUAGUUUUAAUUAAAAAGAGUACUCAUGUUCGUUAAAUUAUGGUAAGUUGUUCAGUUUUCAGUGAAAUGAGUUGUAUAAUAAUCUUCAAUAGCAUUUUUUGCCACUUAAUUUUAUUAAGAAAUGUAAUUUUUCAUGAAAUAAUAUAGUGUUUCUUGUUAAAAUAAACUAAGAAAAAGUUAUGAAUAACAAAUUUAUUGUAAAAUAUAAAAUUAUUAAGUUUUCAGUUUAUAAUAACAGUUGUGAAGCAUAUAUAAAAUGUUAACAAACAAGUUUAGCUAAAAUUAAAACAAGCUAUCUGAGCUAACGGGUAUUAUCAUAGGUAGAAAUGCUACUUGAAGUAGUUUUAUUUUCGUUAAAUCAGUUGAGUUGAAAAUCACAUUGUGUAAAUUGAAGACAUUGCUUUAUAUUCUGUACAUAUUAAAAUUUUGUUACAUUACUUGGAUACAUACUUAUACCUUGUUAUAUUUAGAAAAUCAUAAAACUUAUGUACAAAAUGUAGAUGAUUUUUUAAUGAAAUUUUUUUAGAGACUAUGUAUUUUACCAGCAAUAAAGUAAUUUUGAAAAUAUAACUAGCUGUAAUUUGUUUUGAAUUUAGCAUUUGUAUUAAAUAGAGCAGAUUUUAACUGAGGCAAGCAGGUUCUUUCAAAUGUGAUAAUGUAAGGAGGAUAUGUAUAUUGUAUGAUUUUCUGUUUUAGAAUGCUUUAAUAAUUUAAACUGUAAAUUUUUUUCAUAGUGGACUAUAAAAAUGCUGGCAUGUUAAUUUACAAUUUUUAAGUCAGUGGUAUGAUUCACGAAUUUCAUUUCUGAUUUUUUAAUUUAUUCAUAAAUGUUUUUGUUCUACAAGAGCAUUUUUUUGUGUUUUGAUAUUCAAUUGUUAAAUAUUUUAAGAACAUUGUCAUUUUCUUGAAUUAAAGUUUUGUUUUGGAUUAAUUUUUAAGUGAUAUUACUUUUAAUAUGCAAAAUUUAAAUCUUAAAAGUAAAACUUUAGUACAUAAAAAUUCUAAUGUGGCUUCAUAAUAUAUUUUAUCCUUGAAAACUCAUGCUUGAUUCAUAUAUUUCUUUUAAUGCUUCAAUAUUUUUCUAUAAAUCUGUUGGAAAUUUACUAUAAUACAAUCAAACUUGUAGGCAAGUUGCCUAGCCUGAAAGGUAUUUUUUAAUUUAAAAAAAAAUUUUUUUUUGGAUAAUUCAUAAAAUAUAUGUAGAUACUAGCAUGCUUUAUCAUUUACAACAUAAAUAAAAAAAACCACAUGAAGCAUAGCAUAAACAUUUCAUUUAUGUUUAUCUUAAUAACAUGUGUGGGUAUCUAAUAUUUCCAAACUUCUGGGCCACAUAACCCAUCAAAAGUGUGCCAAGGAUUGUGUACAAUAUAACCUUGUAGUAUUGCAUUAUUAUUUUUUUAAUAUCAGUACAUUAUUACAUAGUAUGUUAAGUGAUUGCACAUAUUCAAAAUGUUCAUGCAAAACUGUUGUUCUUAAUUUACUUUUUUAUGCUACAUAUGAGAAAAAGAGUUGUGCAAGAAUAUACAUGCCUUCAAAAAAAGGCAUCAUGAACAGGGAUUGUUCAUAAUGCACAGGGUGUUUUUUUAGUAGGUGUUUAAGAUCAGUGUGAACCUAGAAUUGAGUAACAAAUAUACUGAAAUCAAAUUUGUACUUUCUAAAAUCUUAUAAUUCUCAGUCAUUUAAUAGAAUGCAAACCAAUCUUGCAUAUGUUUCACGUUUACAUGACUUUAUUCAGAAGAAUAUCAAAAUGAAUUAAGCUGUUACUGUAACUGUGAGAUUGCUUUAUCAGUUUAAUAUUGAGUGGUGUCCAUCCCUCCUUUUUUAAUUACUUUUUAUUUGUGAUUUUUGACCUUAAAGAACACAUUUAGUUAAUAUAAGCAAACAGUCAUAUCUACUAAAAAUCAUACACCAACUCUUAUUUCCAGUUCAGUGUCCCAACAUGCCGUAUUUCGUCAUGUAAUUCCCCCCCCUCAGCUUUUUAAUGCCAUGUUCUGAAUUUUUUUUUUAAUGUUCACAGAAUUUUUCCUAUCCUCAGUGUGUUCAGAGAAUGAGCUUCUCUAAAUUUUAGAAUAUAUUCGUUCACAUAAUGUUUGUUUUCAUCAUACAAAGAUAAACUCUCACAGACUACCUGCAAAGAUCAUGCUGAACCUUUCCCUUCUAACUGCUGAACUUUUACAAGAACCAAUCAAUCAUAGCAAAGAAAACAUGAAUUGGCAUUCAGUCUACAGUUUAGCUGAGUCAGCUGCAUACUCAUCUUCUCUAAUUAUUUAUCCAUGAUUUGAGGCAUUCAUCUCCCCUAAAGCCAUCCCAGAUGGUAUGGUAGUUAAUAGAGGCAAACAACAUGCCAUUGCCUGAAAAAUUCAAUUCUGUAGUGAGGUAUGGAUGUUUAUCAAUAUGGUAACUUUAUAAAAUGAGAGUAAUUAAAAUUUGUUUAUCCAAAAGUUUUCUGAAGAAGUUAUCAACCGAGUAAAAUGGAUAUGGGAUCCCUGGAUUUCAUUCCUUUGAGUUGUCUUGAUCAAAGCUCAAAUGAAGUUUAUGUAAAUAGGUCCAUGUGUUUUGUAUAAAUUAUUAUAAAUGUAUUGUCUCUUCUAGUGUCACUUUCUUGGUAGCAGUUCCUUUAUACUAGCUUAUAGGAAUACAGUAUCUAGUAUAUAUUACUUAGAAAAGAUAUACUGAUCAACUGUUUUAUGUUAUUCAGUAAGGUUUCCUGGUAAUGGUAGAAUGUAAUUUUAAGCAGUUAUGACUGUUUGCUUAUAUUGACUGAAUGUAAAAGAAAAGUUGAAAUCUAUAUAGCUUUAACCCAUAUGUUGUUUAAGGAUUGACUCUAUUGUUUUUUGCCACAAUGAAACAAUCACUGAUAAAUUUGGCUAAAAAGUAUCUUGUUCACAAAUCAAGCACUUUUCCUAGUAAAGUUUUUUGCAUGUAUUUCAAAUUAAAGAUUCUUUGUAUAUUUUAGAAAAGUUUGAUGUGGAUUUCUUUCAGUAGUAUCAAGUAUUAAAGAGCACAAAUUUUAUAUCUUUAUCUAUAACGUGGCACAGGAUUUGCUCCUGUUGGAAAAAAUCCCACAUCAAAUUGUCCCUUGAAAUGUGUAGAACUUUUUAAUUGAAAUAAGUGCCAGUGAAAUGUUGAAUUUCAUACCAAAGUAAGCAAGUAUUCAAAAAACAUCUACACAGGACACUCAAACUGCUUCUUGAUGAGUUUUUUUUUUUUUUUUUUUUUUUUUUUUUUUCCAUUUAGAUAUAUAAAGAUAAGGUACUAUAACUUUCUAGGUCAUCUUAUUAUAAUCAUCUGACCAUAUGUAUGCUUUAAAAGUGAUCUGCAAUCAUAUCAAAACAAUGGUUGUCUAUAUGCCAAAAGAUGCACCAUAUUAACCCAAAAAGUUAUAUUUUUAUUCUUAAGAGAUAUUUUGUUUAUACUUAUGCUAUAUUCUUAUCACUUUGUUUAUGCAUUUAAGAAUAUAAACCACCACUGCAGUUGUAUUUUCAUUAUUUAUGUUCUUAAAAAGAUUGUGCUGUGUGAAUUAAAUAUCAUGUAAGGCAUUUUUUAAAUUAAAAAAUACAGAAAAUAUGAAUUAUUUAUAGUUUUUUAAAGGGUUUCCAUGUUUUCUAUCUCUGUAUUUCUAAUUUUGUUAAUAAAAGUUUGUUCAAUAUUUAUUUUGAUGAAUUCAUAAAUUAUGUAUUUAAAGAAGCAGUGAUUCAGCUACAAUCUGAAUUUGAAAAUUAUUUUUUAGAGAAUCCAUUUUGUCUGUUUUAUGUGUUUAAAUAUUUUUAAGCAUAAAAAAGCACCUGUAUGUAUUAGAAAUGAGAUUUGCUUUUCCUGCAUGAGUUUGGGAGCUGUGAAUUCCAAAUUUAAAGUUUUGCGGAAUGUUCUUUGUUUUUAUAUUGGUAUUUCUUAGGAGAGCUUUUAUCUAUAAACUCUAUUUAAAAGUCUGUGAGGCUUGUAUCUAUUACUCGAUCUUGCAGAUUUAUGAAAGACCUGGGAUUAACAAAGAAAGACAUCAUAUAUAGAGCUUUUUAUUUACAUAUUUUUGUGAAGGAUGUUUUCCUGGAAUUUACCAAGUUGUUUGUAGCUAUUCAGGUUAUUAACAACUAUUUAGUGUUUAGGUUGUGGUGUUUUUAAGAAAGAAUUUUCAUUGAUUUGUAUUCAGUGAAUUUUUUUCAAAGACAAUAUUGGUAGUGGGAUAAGAAGAUAAAUCCCUGAAAAUAUCCACAUAUUAUUGCAGAUUAGUCUUUAUUUCUGCAUGUGAAAUUUAGCACUUUGGUUAUGUGAUUCUGCAUUGUUUAAUGAUUAUUAGUAUUUUUUAAAUAACCUUAAUAGAAAGAAAGAGAGAAAAGAUAUGCAUGAAGUUACAUAGAGUGGACCAGAGCUUCCCUGUGCUCCACUUAUUCUGAUUAAUUGUGCUUAUCAUUUUUGAAGUUUUUUAAUAGAUUUUUAAUUUUAUGUUGCAUUAAACAGAAUAUAGUAUAGCAUAAUAUUUUUUUAGGAGAAUGUGAAAGAUAUGGGAAUUUUCAUAUAAAGUUUGGCAAAUAUGUAGCCUGUAUACAUUAAGGGAAAGCUAUUAUGUAUUCUAUAAAGGCAUGAUCCUUUGGGCCCAAAAGCGCAUUUUCUGAUGCACAGUUUGCUUCCUCAGGGCAAAUUUAUGCUUGGGAAUGACUGAUAAUGCACAAAAGCAUAUAUUUCCAAAAUGUGACUUCAGCCUUUAAUUGUACAGACAUAUUGAUUCCAGAGUUAUGAAUAUCAUAUUUUCUCCAUGGCAUAUAUUAUUUAUCAGGAAGUGUUUUAUAUCUUAAAAUUUCAUUUUUAUAAAUUGUUAAUUUUAUAUUUGAAAAGUACUUGCAAAAAUAUUUGGGAGGCGGGCUUAUGUGUGUGUAUGUGUGUAGGGCAUAACUGUACCAAAUGUACAUAGAUUUUUAACCCUAUGAUUUAACAGCUAACUCGUAAAAAUUAUUUCUUUAUAAAAGUUAGUGUUAAUGGUUUUGUAAAUGGAUUGUAGGUAAAUUUACUAGCAUAAAAGUUGGAAGUGAAUGUGAUCUUUGCUACUGCAUGUUUUAAUAGUACUUUAUCAGCGUAAUGUUCCUAUUUAUGAAUAAUCACCAGUCUGUUUUCCUUUGAAUUGAGGCAGUCUUUAUUUUAUGGUAUUCUUUGUGAAAUAUAUUGAUUUAUAUAUGUUAAUCAAAAAUAUGCACUCCCAAAAAAAUUCAUCUCAUAUGUUGCACUUUAUAGUAAGGGAAGUUUUCUAAUAUUAAUUAGUACUAAAAGUUGUCCCUUUGUAUUGGAAGGAAAUUAUAAUUAUUAUUGCCAUUCUGAAAAUCCAAGAUCUUUAGCUUUAUUGCAUUUCUUCUUUUGUGAUAUGAACAAGUGCUUAGGUUAGAGUUAUAUUGCAAAAUUGUGUAAUAAUCGUUUGUUUAAGGUUCCACUGGUAGUUUGUUUUUCAGAUUUUUGUUAAUCAAUGGAGAAGUUAUUUUACUAAAAAUUUGAAGAGAAUAAUAAAUGAAAUUGUUAAACUUUUAAGACUGUUUGAAAAGUAAAUGUGGGCAUACGUAAAAUGGUUCGUUGAGGUACUAGGUUGCUUAUGGCAUUAGGGAAUCCUCAAGAUGUAGUUUAAAAUGCAAUGAGGAAGCCAUUUUAUUCAUUAAAAAAGCAUUUAAUUAUCAUUAAUUUGAUUAUCAGCUAGUAUUAAUACUAAUCAUUAAGAGUUAUAAUACCAUCCUAACAGUAUAGCUUUGCUUUAAGCAAGACUUUUUUCAAAUUUGUUAUAUAGUACUACACACUACACUUUAAAUUUCCUGUGCUUCAAUUAUUUUGAUUGAUUACACUUAUCCCUUGUUAAAUUUGUUAAAAAGUUAAAUUUGCUUAUAGGUUUUUUAUUUUAGUACAGCAUAAUACUUAUUUUUUAAAAAGCUGUUAAAUUAAUUUAGAUGAAUUUGCAAGAUAUAUGAAUUGUCAGACAAUGUUUGGUAAAUAUGUAGGCUAUAUGCAUUAAGGGAAAAACUGUUAUGUAUUGUAUAAAAAUUUGAUUUUUUUUUUAUUUUUCUUUAUGAGUCAUUGCUUCUGCUCUGUUUCUCUUCCUAAAUUAAGCAAACAUGUGUAUCUGUUCUUUCACCAUGCAAGUAGUUUUUGCAUUUCAUUUUGCAGUAUAAACUCUAUCAGCCUUUUAAAGUAUGUGGUUAAGGGUUUUCACCGAGUUCCUUAUCUCUGAACUACUUGAUAUGAAAUAUAUAUGUGUAUCUAUUUUUUUCAUUUAGUAAAUAAGAUAUCAAGAAAGACUGUAUUUGAUAAAUAUACUAAUUAUUUUAAAUAUGUUUGGAUUACCAAAAAUAAAAGGACAGGCAACUAUCUAGACUUUAUCAGAUCAGCUAAUCUGUGCACAUCAGCAUCUAUAUAUAUAUAUUAAUAUACGAGUUUUGCUGUAUGUUUUUAUUUCCGAAUGCUUCAGUUUCUUUAAAUUUUAAUAUGCAGCUAGUCAUUCCUCUCCUCUUUCUUUUAUUUAGUCGUAUUCUUUAGCAGAUCAGUUUCAUAUGUUCAUUUCAUUUGGUAACAUAUUAAAAUACGAUAUUAAAAUAAAUAAAUAUAUACGUAUUUUUCUGCUCAAGUGCAGUAAAAUUUCUUAAUUUGUAUGUGCUUGCAACUUUUCCUCUAAGCUAUAUACAAACUCGGUCAUGCUCUGAUUUUUAUGAGUUGCAGAAGUAUUUAUACUUCACAAACGUGGAAUCCGUCACACAUAAAUGCACCAAAAAAAAAAAAAAAAGAAAAAGAAAGAAAAGAAGAAGAAAAGAAAAAAAGAUCCAUAUAAGUAUUGUGCAGCUGCAAAAAAAAUUAGAGUGAAUGAUGUUUGCUGCAGUUUUUAAAUUAAGAAUUUUUAAAAAACCUUUUGUUGUGAAAUGUUUAAUUUUCCUUUCUUGAAAGUAUUUUCAUACAACAGGAUAACUAAUUUAUUUGUAAUAAAUUUCAGUAAAAGCAGUUCUCAGUUGUACAGCUGUAAAAUAAAGCCCUUAUUGUAAUUUUAACAGUUUGAAAAUGUGGUGUAAUUUUUAUAGAGCUGUUCUUAGUAUUUUGAGAAUUUAGAUUUUUUUUAAACCAUAUGUUCAAGACUUACAUGCAAAUAAUUAAGUCCCCCUGAAUUAAAUUUAUGGUAAUUCACCAUUGAUAUUUUUUGCCGUUAGAAAGAAAAUAGUAAUUUGAACUUUACAUAUUAAUGUAGCAUGAAAAUAAUUAUAAAACACUGAGAUGCUGCUUUUAAUUAAAAAUAAUUUUACCUCCUUUAUCACUCUGUAAGAAUGGCAUUGAUAAUCUAGAUUUAUUUUAUGCUUGUUUUUUUUUUUUUUUACGUUCUCCCUGGCGGCCAAAAAUAUUAAUUUUAUACUAACUACAUAAAAACUGCAUACCAAAUUGAAUUUUAGAAAUUCACAUAUAAAAUUUAAGAGGGGAAAAACUGUCCUAAAGGAUUUUUUUUUAGUAUUUGUAUACAAACAUUCGUUUUUGAGUAUGAGUUGUAAAAAUAUUAAUAAUUAUUUCUAUUUUUAGAAUUAGAAUUUUUUCACUCUUAAAAAGUUAAUAGUUAGAUUUCAAAUUUUUAGAUUGUAGCUUAUUUAUUUUAAACAUAUUGGAGAAGAAUGAACAUUGGAAAAAUAUUAUGUUAUAUUCUUAUGUGUGUAUAUUUGUAAAAUCGGUUUUGAGCAAAUUUUCUAAACUAUCGAUAUAUUAAAUAAUAUUUGUAUGUGAAUAGAAAUUCUUACUUUUUGUUAUUAUGUGAGAAUAAAGGUUAAUUCUGUAUUAUAUGGAAAAAAAAUUUUUGUGUGUAUGAAAUCAAAAAAUAAUGAUAAUAAAUAGUUAUCCCAAGGAUUUGUUUUAAAGAAGCUUAUUUUAGUCAAAUUGUGUGUGUAUGUUUUCUAAAAAAUAAUUUUGAAAAAUAAAGAAUUAAUAUUUGCAUGUUUAGGAUUGUUUAUUCAAGAUUGUUCAUAAGUUGCUUGUUUUCUACAAUUUAAUUUUAAUCAUUGUGUUCUACUUACAAGGGAUGAAUUCCACAAUUUAUUACAGUAUAAUAAUAUUUUGUUAAUAAAAUGGAAUUUCUUAAUUUACUGAAAUAGUAGCUUCGGAUAGGUAUUUGCAUAUUAUUACAUUGACCGGGAAAGUUUAUGGAGAUCCCGCGAAAAAUUGUACCAGUAAUUCCUACAAAGUUCUGAAGGAACUAACACCUCUUUAUUUAAUAAAUAAUCAGUACCCGCUUUGUUAUUUCAUUUGGUAAUAAGGCUUUCGAUGGUUUCUACCCUUUCGUUAGGCUCUCGGAUUUUUAUCAGAAGUUCUGUUUGGAACACUACGAGUUCAGAUUUCCAGCAGAUAAAUGUUUCAGUCUAUUGCUUUUUUGUCAGUCAUAUUCAGCUAAACAUACGUAUCAUGUCCAUUAAUGCACACUUCCAACAGAUUAGUGUUUUGCUGUAUUGCUGUUUUGUCGAUCAUAUUCAGCUGACCAUAUCGUGUCCAUUAAUGCAUGGUAAGAUCCCAUAACUUUAAAAAUAAUCCACUGGUGUGUUGAAGGUAGAUCCAAAAUCCUCAUGAUCUGUUUUCAAGUGAGGGAAAAAUAUGGCAAUAACAGUUAAUUUUUAUCAUUUUUAUAAAAACAGAAAGUGGUUUAUUGAGAAUCGGUUGGGUUACAUCAAAAGAAAAGGCAAAUAUUAUCAGUGUAUUAUUAUGUCAUGUUUAUCCAUAAUUGGUACUGAAUAGCACUGCUUGAUAAUAGUUUCACAGCUGACAGGAUAAUAUGUAAGUAUCUUCAGAACUGGAAAAAAAAAAAAAAAGUUCUAAAUCAUAGGACUAUGAAUAAAAGAAAUAAAUGCUUAAGUAUAACAUUUACUUUUUGUGAUAGAAGAAAGUAAUUCAGAGGUAUUUAAUUGAUUUGUACCUGUGUAUUGUGUACUUGCACAUUUGUAUCCUCAAGUUAAAUUUAUUUCUAGCACUAUAAUUAGUUUUUCUGAUUUUGUUUUUGCUUGAAAAAUGUUUUAAUAGUGUCUGUUCAGUUUCUAUCAGAUUAUAUUUUGAAUGUAAAAAGUGUAAAUAAUAGUUGCUUUGAAUAAAGAAAUGUCCCAAAAA